AUGACCCUCCCCCUUCCUCUAACCCUAUCGAUAGCGGAGGUAGAGGAGGAUCCAUCUCCUUUGGGGGUCUUUUCUUACUGUCUCUCUUUCUCUUUUUGUCGUCUAGGGACUUGGCCGGCGAUUAAGCAGAAAAUGUGUUCCCUCUCUCUUUCGUGUUGUAUAGCAGCUUUCUUGCUUGAGGUAGUCUGUUCUUUCUUUCUUUCUGUUCCUUUUUGUCCUUUGUUUAAGGGCUUGGUGACAGUUGAAACUGCUUUCUUUCUCCUUCUCCUCGGUGUGACAUCCUUUGAGAUAUUUUCUUCCGCUCUUUCCUUUUCCCAUAAGUAUUUCCUUUUGAGAUCUUUCCUCACUUUCUUCUUUUCUUUUUCUAUAAACUGUCUUCUGUCUCUCUUUCACCCCGAUGUCACGGCAAUCCACAUACGUCAUCAAACGGGUCCAUCUAUUCCACUUGGAGAUGAAUUCUCCUCGCAACCUCGUGAACACAUCUUUUCAGCCCAUAUGCCGAGACAAGUUUUGCACAUGGACAAAUUUUGUGAACACGUCUUUUAG